UCAUUUGCGAACUGCUGCUAGGCGAGUUUGAAUGGGCGUGUCUGAUCUAAUCCUACUGUAUAGCUAUGGUUCUGCCAUUGUAAUUCCAUGUAGUUUUUUGUAAAUGUAAACGCAUUUCAUUUAAAAUAACCCGAGCGCCAUGAACAGUUAAUAAUAUUAGGCUAUUUGUUGUUUUUAAAAUUUAAAUACGUUUUUGGGAAGUUUAACAUGGUACAACUGAGUUUGUGACUGAAAAAAAACCUCCGCGCUUUGUGACCUAAAUGGCUUUCCAUAUAACUCUAUGUUCGUUUUUACUCUAUGGUGAAAGAUUGUGUUAUUUAUGACGGGAACUUCCGAUCUGUGUGUUUUUGUAACAGAACUUCUUAUCAGAGCUUCGUCACCAAAACAAGAAACUGAGGAAGCGCCCUGGGGGAGAAACGUCAAAGAUACUAGAACUAGAUCAUACAAAAAUCGAAGAUAUAAAAAAAUAGUAACAAACGUGUAAUAAAGUCAAGGGUUUUAAAGGAAUAAUAGUUAGGGUACGAAGCUGCGGCCGACGGGGGAGGAACCCGGGUUUUGCCUGCUGGCGGUCGCUGGUUGAGACAGCGGCUGGUAAGGGGAAGGCAGCCAGUCUGACUGCUUUUGCAGAACAGGUGUUGGAGGGGGAAGCAGGGAUCGACUAGGGGUCAUAUAAAAUCACUGAAAUACCUGGGGGGAAAAAACCCAAAGAGAAAUAAACGGGUGGCAAAAGAAAGGUUUCCACGUUCCUGUCGGCAUUUGUAUAGGAUCGGGGGGUGGUUUCAGCCUGAAGGAGCCCGAGGGAUUGCCGGGUGGCCAGCCGGAGACACGGGGAGCAGGAUUGGGAAGCAGAGCGGAGCGGGUGCUGCGGGGGUGGCGGAGAAGAUGGCAGGCAGCCCCGAGAAAAGCGCCUCCGCCCAGGAGCUGAAGGAGCAGGGGAACCGGCUCUUCCUCAACCGCAAGUACCAGGAAGCGGCAGUCUGCUACAGCAAAGCUAUCAACCGGAAUCCCUCAGUGGCAGUGUACUACACCAACCGGGCUCUGUGCUACGUGAAGCUGCAGCAGCACGACAAAGCCCUGGCUGACUGCAAGCAUGCGCUGGAGCUGGACAGCCAGUCAGUGAAGGCACACUUCUUCCUGGGCCAAUGCCAUCUGGAGCUGGAGAACUAUGACGAGGCCAUCGGCAACCUGCAGAGAGCCUACAACCUGGCUAAGGAGCAGCGGCUGAACUUCGGAGACGAUAUCCCUGGAGCUCUCAGGAUAGCAAAGAAGAAACGCUGGAACAACAUCGAAGAGAAGCGCAUCAACCAGGAGAACGAGCUGCACGCCUAUCUCACUAAACUCAUCCUAGCAGAGAAAGAGAGUGAACAAGCAGACUUCAGAGAACAACAAGAGAACUUGGAAGACAACAGAUGCAAGAAUGAAUUAGCAAAGAUUGAGGCUAAGCACGAUAAGUACCUGUCAGACAUGGAAGAGUUGUUCUCUCAAGUAGAUGAAAAAAGGAAGAAGCGGGAUAUCCCUGAUUAUCUGUGUGGAAAGAUCAGCUUUGAGUUGAUGAGAGAGCCCUGCAUUACCCCCAGUGGAAUCACAUAUGACCGCAAAGACAUAGAGGAGCAUCUACAGCGAGUUGGACACUUUGACCCUGUGACCCGGAGUCCCUUAACCCAGGAUCAGCUCAUCCCAAACCUGGCCAUGAAGGAGGUGAUCGACGCAUUUAUCUCAGAGAAUGGCUGGGUGGAGGAUUACUGACCUGCAGGGUUCAAGACUAACCGAAAUGCCCUCCUGGAUUUGCACUUUAACCCAGCAGCCGUGCAACAGACUUACGGAGCACGAGCCCCUGGAAUGUCUCAUUUUACCAUUGUUUUAAUUUGCUCUCAAAGGCUGGGAGCUGAUCCCCAUGAAAAUAUAUAUAUACAAAAUGGCAUACAAAAAAAAUCAUACGGUACUUGUGGCUACUACAAAUCAUUUUGAAUUUCUUUGUCAGUAAUACCCUUUAUUCUUUUUAUGCACUGAGCACCAUUUCACACAGUCUACUUCUUGUUUUAUUAGUCCUUAGAACUGGGUCAACAUCCAGAACCCUGGUAGGUGCCAGUUUUCAAUCCUAGCUAUUCCACUCACUUGUCUGGCUGCAGUUUUCAGAUUGGGCCACUAGUUAUUUUUUUCCCUGUGAUUCAGCCACAUGCCUGCAAAUCAUGGUUACAAGUAUCGGCACCCAUGGAAAAUGGAGCUCUUCCAGUGUGGUUAUUGUUUGAGGGGAGUAACUGAUUAACUGAUCUAGUCUAUGUCCCCACCACUCAUUUAUACUGGGGUCCCCAGAAAGUGAUGUUUUCCAAAUACAGCAAAAGAUGUUGUAUUUAAAAAAUGUAUUGUACACUUUGCUGCCUUCAUCCCAUGAGAUUUAAAGAACACAAGACACAGGCUUGGGGGUAAGGGGGGGGGGUAAGGGGGGAGGAAGUUGGACAUAUUGUAUUGUGUAUGUAUGAAGUAUCUGAACUCUCAAGACUAUCUUUUCUUCAUUGGCAUUCAUAAAGCUAUGGCAUCACAAUAACGGCAUUGUAAUGUAGCACUGUAGUGGUUUUGCUGUUUUGCAUUUGUGUCCCACACUUGUGUGGUACUAAUAAGGUCUAAAUACAGUUUUCUGAACUGCC